GGUGUUCUCUCAGGUAAAAACAUGGCGCUUUUGUUAUUUGUGGCCCUUCCCCGUUCAGCGGGGCCCGAUGCCCCAGCGCCAGCGAAGGUGGAGGAAGGAGUUUGUAUAGGCAGCAGCCCCCAGGGAGGCCCCGUACAGGCUCUGAGGCGAAGGCGGAGCCGGAGGAAGGCCUCUCCUCCCUCUCCCUCCGCCGGCAUCUCGAAAACACACGUCGGCGGGGAGGGAGUGCCUCAAGAACCGGAGCUUCAAGGAUCCCCUCCGGUCUUCCUCUCGCCCUCAGCGGCUCUCCUUCGAAGGCCAGAGCAGGUUCAGAGAAGAUGUUGCUGUCCAGACCUAGCCAGAGUGGCCUCUCCACACUACAGAGAACAUACUGGUUGCGAGACAUGGUCCGGAGGACCCUCCCUCUGGCCCACUCGGCCUUUAGUUGCUUCCGCUCCCACAACACUUGGAACGAGGCUGGUGGCCCAAGACGCAGAAGGUUCAUGGGGGCAGCUGUGCUGGCAGGGGCUGGGCUGGGCAUAGGCACCAUCUUGGCAUAUGGAGAUCAACGUCACCGGGCUACCAAGGCUGAGGCCCCAGAGUCUGCAUCUGGCCCCCUGUUUCCUACCUAUACUAGGCAGGAGGUGGCUCGCCACCACAGUGAGGCCAAUCGGGUGUGGGUGACCUAUGGCAGCGAUGUUUUCGAUAUCACAGACUUCAUAGAGCAGCAUCCAGGAGGCAAAAGCAAGAUUCUUCUGGCAGCUGGUGGUGCUCUGGAACCCUUUUGGGCCCUCUAUGCCAUGCACAACCAGGAGCAUGUGCUGGAAAUCCUUCAGGGUUUCAAAGUGGGGCAACUGAGCCCAGAAGAGCCCCCCCAACCCACUCCAGGAGAUCCCUAUGUUGAUGACCCUCCACGCCACCCUGCCCUUCAAGUCAACUCUUUGAAGCCCUUCAAUGCAGAGCCCCCUUCGGAGCUGAUCACUGAAAACUACCUGACUCCCAACCAGCUCUUCUUCAAACGCAACCACCUCCCUGUGCCACUUGUGGACCCUGAAACCUACCGUCUACAUGUGGAGGGUCCCCGUGGACGGGCAGUGUCUCUGUCCCUGCAAGACUUGAAGAGGAAUUUCCCAAAGCAUGAGGUGACCGCUGCCUUGCAGUGUGCUGGCAAUCGUAGGGCAGAGAUGAAUGCUCUCAAGAACACCAACCGGCUAGGCUGGAGUGUUGGGGCAAUUAGCAAUGCCCGCUGGGGGGGUGCCCGACUUCAGGAUGUUCUGCUGCAGGCUGGCUACAAACAAGGUGAUGAAGGGCAUGUCUGCUUUGAAGGCCUGGACAAGGACCAGACUGGCACUGUUUAUGGGGCCUCCAUCCCAUUUAAGAAAGCUAUGAGUCCUGAAGGGGAUGUUCUUUUGGCUUAUGAGAUGAAUGGUGAGGAGCUGCCCCGGGAUCAUGGAUUUCCCCUCAGGGUUGUUGUGCCAGGUGUAGUUGGUGCCCGUAAUGUCAAAUGGUUGGCCAAGAUUACUGUCAGCCCAAAUGAAAGCUCAAGUCAUUGGCAGCAGAAGGAUUAUAAAGGAUUUUCUCCUGCAGUGACAUGGGACACAGUGGAUUUUUCCAAGGCUCCUGCCAUCCAAGACAUGCCCAUCCAGUCAGCCAUCACUGAGCCAGGCCCUGAGACCAUCAUCAGCUGUGGGGAGCUCACCGUGAAAGGUUAUGCCUGGAGCGGAGGUGGGCGAAAAGUUAUCCGUGUAGAUGUUUCUCUGGAUGGUGGAAAGAGCUGGUGUGAAGCAGAGCUUACUGGAGAAGAGCAGUUGCCUGGCCGAGCUUGGUCAUGGCAACUCUGGCAGCUGAAUGUUUCUGUACCCCCUGGCACCAGAGAGCUAAACAUUGUCUGCAAGGCUGUGGACAACAGCUACAAUGAACAGCCUGACACAGUGGGGCCUAUUUGGAACAUUUUGGGAGUGCUCAACAAUGCUUGGCAUCGAGUGCAUGUGCUUGUGAGUGAAGAGUAAGAGCCUUACGUGUGCCUCGUCACCUGGGAGAAAUGAAGGAUCAUGGAUUCUUGGCUACUUUGCACCUUCUUUUUUCUUUGGUCUCUGUGAGGAGGCUAAGAAGAAAAGUUGAGAUCUUCCAUGGCGUCUUGUGACCUUCCUUGCUUACUGUUGAGCUUCUGGUGUAGCAGUUCUUGAGCUUCUGAAUGGAGGUGGCCUUGAAAGAAAUAAUAACACACCUCUUCUCUUAGCUAUCUGUAGAAAAGCCUUUCUUCCUUGGGAAUAUGGUACUGAUAACCUGCUUUUUAAAAAAAAGAUCCAGUAGUCCAGAGGUUGGACAACUUUUGGCUCCCCAGACAUUGCUAAGCUGCCAUUCCCACCUUUCCUUGCCAUUAGCUGUGCUGACUAGGGGGCACAAACUGCCCAUCCCUGCAAGAUGUACCUACAUUGCUGAUCUGUUGGACUUUUCUUUUGAAAGCAGUGUGACUUUGUUUGCAUUCAGGUUUUGACCAUAUAACAGAGGUAUUCAAACAAUCGUUAGUGGGGUGGUGAGUUGGCUCUGAUUUUUAGUCCAGACAGACUUCAAAGGAAAUGUGCAAAGAGUGAAACUGAUUUGGGGGCUAGACCUCAGCACCUUGGAUAGCUCCUGCAACCUUCAGGCUAAAACUUGCUGUGGAUUCAUCACCGCCACUGGCAUGGAAACCAGCUGCUGCUAUCCAGACUUCUAACACUUAAAUUCCUAAUCCAUUUUGCAGAGUGUCACCCUUCUCAUUAUCUUGCUCAUGGGCUUUGAAUGCUGAACUAUGUCAAUCUUGCUCAUUUCUGUACAAAGAGAGGCAGUUUUGCCUAUCAUGUUUUUUUGGAAACAGGAGAAUAUUGAUGUGUCAGGGUUUUGUAUAUAGCAGAGUAGCUCCCUCACUGUGAUCCAUUGAAAGGCAGCCCUUGAUACAAGCAACAAACAAAGAAAAGCAGGAGAAUAUUGAGUAUUUGAGCCCCCUCUCCCCAAUGCAUUAGUUACAACAGGAGCUGGAACCUCCUGGAAUUCUUCAUUAGAAAAAAGCACAACUGGAUUCUUCUUCUGAGUUUAUUUAAGUAGAAUCUAGUUUCAAGGAAACACUGUUACUACCUCUUUUGUAAGCGCUAUCCUCUUGGAAAGCCUUUCAGCCACACCCUAGAAUCCAUUGUGCCUUCCUUUUUGUUUCAGUGGGAAAGAGGACAGAAUUGUGGAGUCCUCAGAAGAACUUCCCGUUUUUCCAUUGCAUGUGUUAAAACCAUAAUCCCCAUCCAGCCCACAGGGGCUUGAGAUUACACGAGUUUUAGUGCAAUGCAACUGGAGGACACCCAUUUGAGGAGAGCUGUCUUUGAAACAUUGGGCAGAAGAGGGGAUUUCAGCCAUGAUUAUGCAUAAGAGCAUCUGAUAUCUACUUCCCCUUUGUGUCCAUACAGGAGGGUCCCGGCCCACACUUUGAGAAGCACUUUUCUGAAUAGAGUUUAUUGGUUGAGCUUCUGGGAAUCUGUAUUUUUUCAACUUUGGCAAAAAAUAAAAUAAAAUACUGAUGAUGGAAAAGGAGUGGGGAGAAGGAGGGAGUGAUAACUAUAUGGGAAUAGAGAAAUAUUGCCCAUAUAUAAGGAGGCAGAUUGGAGAUUGGAGAAGCAGUCUGUCGCUUUGCAUGGUGAGAGUUUCCUGGAGCAGUACUCUGUACCUCUCUGGUUCCUGCUGCUGUUGCUCCUGGCAGUAUGUGCAGCUUAAACAAAUGUCACUCCAGGGAUGAUUCUUCAUCUUACUAUGAGCAUUUUGUGGCUUCCAAACACCUUCCUGCUGUCAUCUCUUUCAAUAUGCUUUUUAACAAAUGAAAAAAAGAUCUAUUUUAUACCACUAAAGUUAUUCUGAGGAUAGACAACAUUCAGUUAAAACAAGGAUUGGCAAUCUUGGUGAGUUUGGAGACCAAUGUUAGGACCUGCCUUGUGAUAUAUUGCUUGAAGUUUUUGAUGUCAAAAUGGUAAAGACCAUAAAAACAAGCAAGAAAUGCUGGUUUUAAUGGGGUUUUCCAGUUAGCCGCUAAAUUCCAGCACCAUUUUUAUUGGGAAAAGGUCUCUGGGAGAUCACACACAGCCCUUAAGCCAGAUAUAAUGACAUUGUAAGAUGCAGAACCAUUCCAUAGAGAUAAUAACACUAAAUCAAGUCAAAUUGAGGACUAAAUUUGUGUGUGUGUGGUUUUUUUUUAAUAAAGUGGGAAAAUAAAAAUAGCCUAGCUUUACACAAAAAGAUAACAUGUGUGUGUGGUAGGCUGCCCUUGGAAGAGCCAUCCACAGGUGUGGAACCACAACAGGAAAGCUCUACUCCUGGCCACUGUGACCUACUCUUCAUUCAUGGAGCCCCUGAAGAAGACUCUCUGGCAAAGUCCAUAGUGUUCCCCUGGAGGAAGAUCACUCUUUAGUUUGUCCCAAACUGUCCAGUUCAGUAUAACACCAGUUUGAAUUAUGCUUAGAAAUGGACCGGGCAUAGUGCAUUCCAGUAUAGUGUCUCUUCUCUGCUCUAGGUUUCCCCCACCAGAUUGCUAUGCUGUGUCCCGCCAAAUCAGGACAACAGUAGUUAUUUUUCCCCAAGCAGUCCUAGUAGGUCUCAUGCAAGGUUGCUGUGCUGCUGUGAGCAUAUGCAAGAGAUAUCCCUGGAUUAAUUACGACUUUUUGCAACUUACUGGAAUGUUGGCAUCAUAAUGCUUAUGUGCCAGUGUCAGCAUACAGUUUUAGAGAAAGAGAGGGCUUUGGGAAGGAAACCAUCCUGAUGAACGGGUUGGAUGCAUUGGAAAUUACAAAGUGAGACAUGUUGAAAGAGAGUUUGGAGAAAUUAUCAGAUUCAGUCUUGGAAACUCUGUCCCUCUAGCUUUUAUUCAGUUUUCUUACAAGACUUGCCAAGCUUUGAGAAUCCAUUUUAGAGGAGGGGGAAGCUUUCAUGGCACUACAAAAGACUUUUGUAUUAUUUCUCUGCCUUUUUCUUAAUUUCUUGUUCCCUCUGCUGGCUGUGGUGUGAAAUGUAUUUAUCUCAUUCAUUUUGAAAAUUGUGUAAUGGCCUGUUUGCACAGCAAUACCAAAGCUAGGCAAGGUUCCUUUUUCACAUCCCCUUUUUAAAAAUGCAAUAGGAAUGCACAAAAUGGAAAAAAUUAAAACUGUCUUAACUUUUACUGGAUGGCUAUAUUUCACUCCACAGCUUCAGUAGACUUUUUUCCACUGUUAAAUUCUGAAUCCUUUCAGCUCUGAACAAAAUAGACUGCAAAAAAGGGCUUUUCAGUGUUUUCUCAGCCAGACUGAUCAGCAAUUACAUCAUUUGAAAUCCAAAUUGUUUGAACUGGUAUGAUUCAAAGAAUAUCAAAGUAUCAUUUGGGGGUAGCUGUCAAAAACUUAAAACUACAGCUUGAAAGUUUUUAUUAUUAUUAUUAUUUGGGCUACACAUCUCCAGGCAACGUAGACACUGGUAUCAGCACACAGAAUUAAGGUCCUGUCUAAUGGAUACCAUUUCAUGACAUGAAAGCACAGUUCCCAUUUUGUUUAACCUUGAAAUUACAUCAAUAUACAUUUCUAAAAGUACAUUACAGCUUUUCUGCUUUGCCCCCAAACACGUACCUCCUUUGCUCUUUUUGUUUGACAUAAACAAAACACCCUGAAAAGAGUUUUACAAAGCUUUCCAACUAUUUUGUAACUCUUUGGCUGGUCUUAAUGACAUGGACUGAAAAGCCACAUCUAGUAUCAGCGGUGUAAUGUGUACAAUUGUGUAUAUGAUCCAUUUGCUAACUUAGUAGUAGGGAAAAUCUGGAACUGGAAUGGCUUUCAACUUUCCCAUUUUUUGGAGGUCAGGAAUAAGGCAGAGCGGGAUGGCUCUAUAAUUAAGGUGACUAGCUGGACUGCACGAGAAGGUGGAUGCGGAUACUAGGGGCUGCACAGGGAACUGAUGACAAUCAUAUAUGACUCCAGGUUAUAUUCCCUAUGGUAAAUAUAUUUUUCUCUUAAUUUUCUUUUUAAUUGAAUGAAUCACUACAAACAUCUUAUAAAUCAACUUAACUUCUAGCUUUUAAAAAUUUUAUUGCAAAUUUAUCUCUCCAAAGUGAAUGUAUCUUACAUAUACAUACCACUAAACAAAAUUGUUAAGAAGCUUGUGUUCCUGUUGCAUAGUAGUCAGUCUGUAUUUUAUCAUAAGUGGUAGAUUGAUCAAACUUUUUCAGAUUCAGGUCUAAUCUGCACUGCAGAAAUAAUGCAGUUGAUACCACUUCAAUUGCCAUGGCUCAGUGCUGUGGAAUCCUGGGAUUUCUAGUUUGUUGGGGCAUCAGAACUGUUGUUUUUAAUAUCUGUAGUUGCACCUAACUCAUUAGGAUCAAACUUCGUCAUUUGGAGCCCAGAGGAAGAAUGUAAAUGCUCAAUUCCAUAUGAUUUUCACCUGCUGCCCUGCUUUGUCCUUUUUCAGAGCUGUCUAAGAUUGCAGGAACCAAGCUGCAUCACAAUUUCUUUCUACUCCAGCUUCUUUGCCUUUUAAUUGUAAGCUUGAGGUAGACGUUUUUCUCCUGCUAAUGCCAAGACUUGAGAACUCCCAAGUUUUGUAACCCAAGCUGUUACAAUCUUUUGGAAAAAAGGUCAACAAACUGGCUUUGUGCCUGGAAUAGAGUUGUUAAAUGUGUAGAUAACAGUGGUCAUUGGAUAGGCCCUUUUGAAAAUAGUGAAGUGUUUUCUGGGCAUGCAGAGGUGACCUGCAGUUACUAAAAUAUGGAAGAGACUGGUAUUUCUUAAAAAUCAGAUACAGAUACCUUUAAAUUAUUCCACACAGAAGAAACUUUAUAUUUUUACUAUGUGCUGGUUCCAGUCUUUGUCUGAGUGUAUUCCAAAAUAACAGGAAACUGACAAUUCUAAUGUAAUGAUUGCAUUUGCUGUGUUAUGCUGGGGGGAGGAUGAGAAUCUAUUUUUUUCUAGUAGUUCUUAAUAAAAGCUCUAAAUUUGAAGUUUCUUGUUUUUGUUUCUGUG